UCAUUUUUGUGAAAUAACCAUCAGUGCAAAGGUAAAGAUGGCGACGACAACACUACGGGGCUCUCUCAGAUUACUUAAACAAAUGCCCCAGCUCACCUACCACUGCUACAUGCAGUGCACAAUGCUGCAGCCGCCAGGACCCGAGCGUACACUCCAUAUUCUCGUACCUUUUGGAGCAACACAAUGGAGGCAUUUCAGGACCAGUUACAGAAGUAAUGGAAAAAUUCUACCUUUCAAACUGUCUGACAUCGGUGAAGGAAUUAUGGAGGUGACUGUGAAAGAAUGGUAUGUUAAAGAGGGAGACAAAGUGUCCCAGUUUGACAGCAUAUGUGAGGUCCAAAGUGACAAGGCGUCAGUCACCAUCACCAGCCGCUAUGAUGGAGUCAUUCGAAAGCUUUACUAUGAUGUGGAUGACACAGCUCUUGUCGGCACUCCUCUGGUUGAUAUUGAGACUAACAGGGCUCAAGAAGGCUCUCCGGAGGAAGAUGUGGUGGAGACGCCUGCAGUGGCACACCAGCACACGCACCAGGAGAUCAAAGGCCAUAAGACCCAGGCCACUCCUGCUGUCAGACGCCUCGCCAUAGAGAACAAUAUUAAACUCAGCGAGGUGGUGGGGACUGGAAAAGACGGGCGUAUCUUGAAAGAGGAUAUCCUCAACUUCCUGGCCAAGCAGACGGGAGCUAUUCUUCCCUACGAGGGCGAGCAGCAGGUUCCAACCCCUGCUGUGAGAACAACAGCAUCCGCCCCCUCUAGAGACAAAGCACCAGUUAGCAGCGGCCCCACAGUAGCAGCACCCAGGCCCGUCUUCACAGGGAAGGACCGCACAGAGCCUCUAAAGGGUAUCCAGAAGGCCAUGGUAAAGACCAUGACUGCUGCUUUGAAGAUCCCUCCCUUUGGCUACUGUGAUGAGGUUGACCUGUCCCAGCUGGUGAGGCUACGGACAGAGCUGAAGGGGCUGGCUGAGUCUCGUGGGGUCAAGCUCAGCUACAUGCCUUUCUUUAUCAAGGCCUCGUCACUGGGUUUGCUCCACUUCCCCAUCCUUAAUGCUUCCGUGGAUGAAGGCUGCCAGAACAUCACCUACAAGGCAUCUCACAACAUUGGACUUGCCAUGGACACUCCCCAGGGUCUCAUUGUGCCCAACGUGAAGAGUGUCCAGACACUGAGCAUCUUCGAUAUUGCUGUGGAGCUCAAUCGUCUCCAGAACCUGGGGGCAUCAGGCCAGCUGGGCACUGCAGAGCUCACCGGUGGCACCUUCACCCUGUCCAACAUCGGCUCAAUUGGUGGGACAUAUGCCAAGCCAGUAAUUCUACCUCCGGAAGUGGCGAUUGGAGCUUUAGGAAAGAUCCAAGUGCUGCCCAGGUUUAACACUCAGGGUGACAUCACCAAAGCCCACAUGAUGAGUGUUAGCUGGACAGCAGACCACCGCAUUAUCGAUGGAGCCACCAUGUGCCGGUUCUCCAAUCUAUGGAGAUCCUAUUUGGAGAACCCUGCCUCUAUGGUGCUGGACCUCAAAUAAGGGUUCCAUUUCAACUGUUGUUUCUGUGUGAAUGAGGAACCCACACUGUCCCUGAGCCCCAGCACCACAGGUUACUGUACUGAACACUACCCCUCCCUCCCUCCCUGUUUGGGAUAUCUGUUGUCUUGGUGACGCAAAGAUGUCAUCAGCUGUAUGUGUUCUUGUCUUCUUGUCCGAGUACCACCAAGUUGCCUUCUGAAGUGUUAAAUAGAGGUACUCAAUAAUGUUGCUGUCAAUUUAAUGCACAGUAAAGGAAUGAAGACUUAGGUCCACGCAGAUAUGCAUGACCACACUCUCAUUGUUCCUUUCAGAUCGAUUUAGACUAUUCAGGACCACCAAAUUCACAAGAUGAGCCUUACCAUUAGAGCACUGCAAUGCACGUGACAUAACACAGCCUGUUCAGGCCAAUGUGUGAAAGGACCCAACUUAGGUUAUGUUAUGCAGCUCUGAUGUUUCAGCGAUAUUUGGGAAAAUACCAGCCUAUGCUGUGUGCUUGGCUGCUGUUGGCAUAUACCGUAGGCCUGAACCGUUUACAAGAAAUUAAAUAAAAGAAUUCUUGUUUAGAAUGUAGUAUAUGAACACAUUUUUGUGUUACCGUAUGCCUAUUAAACUUUGUAAU